GAAAACACAACUAUUAGGCUUAAAUUAAAUUGUAACGAUUAAUAUUAAUUAAAUGAUACUCUUAAUAUUAUCGUCACGUAGAUCGCAUUCUUCAUUAUUCAAUAAUAAAUUAAUUUCGCACAAUCGGGGCACGUUUGGAUGUUCUUACAGAAAAUCGCUGACAGUGUCUAUUUAUGAACAACUUUAAUCGAAUGUAUCACGAUUCUAUUUCAUAUAAAAAGAAAACCAUUUUGUACGGUCACAUUUUAUAGAAAACCGAAAAGGUUAUAUUGUGAUGUGAGAAGCCCGUAACCAAGGUUGAUUUAUUCUUGAGAAAUUUACUUUAAAUUUUACGUAAAAAAAAAACAUUUAAGUGUCUCGAAAAAAUGCAAAGUGGCAAGGGUCUGGUAAUUCUGGCUGCGUGUUUGUGUUUGGUGAUGACUGAAGCUAGAAGGAAACUCAAGAGACAUGACAUAGAAGAAGAGAAAUCCACCGAAGAAUUCGACGAAGAGUACGAUGAUGUCGAGCCGUGUCAGUGUGGGGUGUUCAUGUCCCAGCAAGUGGGCGUCAAAGAAGGUCGACGCGGUAGACCUCGGGGCCCACCUCAAGGAGAGCCUGUCGUCACUUAUGAUACUGAUUCACCCAGUCUACCCUGUGGCUCGGGUGGCUUCAAGCAUUGUAUCAGUACGUGCCUUGAUGUAAUUUUGAAGUAUCUUCCCAAAGCGGGUCCAGUUAUCUGCGGAGCUGUAGAACGCGAUGUCAAUAGGGAAAAGGCCUUCUUGUUUGUGAAAAACUGUGGCGGCGACUGGAUUCCCACUAGCUUUUCUGCCGGCAAAGAAUUCUGCUGCACUAACGGAGAACAUCACAAAUGCUAAUACAAUCAUAAAAAGAUCGGUGAUUAAAAAAAAAAAACUAUUUAUUCUUCAUUUUUGUAUAAGUUGUUUUUAAUUUGUAGCAGUUGUUCGAUGGCAACGGAAUAUGUCGUAAAAUAAGAGAGACAUUAGUAAUUACGCCCACCUACAUCACAUUAUUUAAUCGUUGUAUAUUUUAUUGUUUUGCAUUAAUUAUGUCAGUUAUAAUUUAAUGUGCAUAUCAUUAUUUCCUUAAUGUUUUCUUCUAAUUAAAACCGAGUAAUUAUUUUCAGAGAAA